UCUCACAUUGAUGCCUCGAGUAUUAAAUGUUGUAGUACAAAACUGACUGGCAAUGAAAUUCGCAGCCACCAACGCUUUAAACAAAUAGAAUAGACAAAAAAAUAAGCAGAAAAAACCGAAAAAUAUUAACGAUUUUACAGACAAGAUGAUUACGUCGGUCGGUUUGUUGGUCAGUUGAAUUUUAGUCCGUCAUUCGUUUAGUCUAAGAAGAGUAUGAGUGUAUUAAAAAGUACUUCAAGUUCGGCAAAACUUUCAAAGAACAAAGAAAAAAAUAAAUUUUACUUUCUUAUAUCCGUAAAAUACUAAAUGUCAAUUAUUGUUUGUAUUUAAACAACAGCAAUAAAAACGCGUAAAUAAAAUAAAAGCAAAUUUGUAAAUACAAAAAUCGUUAUAAAUGAAAAAGUGGCAAAAGUGUGAGAUGUUUAAAGAAAACGGAAAUAAAUAAAAAAAAUACAAAUUUUAAAUUUUCUUAUACAAAGCUAAUUCAAAUUAAGUUUAAAAGUCCCUAAGAUAUACAAAAAAAAAAAAAAUUAACCAAUUAAAAAACAUGCCAUUGAUAAAAAUUUUAUUUGAUGUCACUUUUAAAUGCUUUAUAUUUUCAAAAGCAUUAAACUAAAGGCAUUUAUAAAUAAAAAAUAUAUAUAUAUAUAUUUAAACUUAAAUGAAAAGCUCGAAAAUUGUACGUCAGCAUUAUGGAAAUACCGAACGUGGUAAAAAUGGCAAACGAUCCGAAAAAUCAGCAAAAUUGGAUCGAAAGUCAUCGCGUGGCAUGAUCUAUGAAAAUGAAGAAUUAAGAUUACGUACCAUCAACAUUAAUGCUGAGGUAGAGAGAGGACAAACAGAUAUAAAACGUUUACGUAAAGAAAAUGAACAACUACGACGAGAAAUUUGGACGUUACGCGAUGAAUGCGAUCGACUUAACAAACGUGUUAAGGCGAAAUUUAUAGAACAUGAACAUGGUGUAUAUAGUGUUAGAUGUAGCGGAGGUAAUACUUGUUCCUGUCAAUAUAAUGAUGGUGGCUGCACUUGCGAUGGUGUACAUAGUAGAUGUAAUAGUGAGGAUUCUGAUUCCUGUGACUCUUGCUGUUGCCACGAAGAAGGUGAUGUUGCCUGCAAUGAAGAAUGCUGUAGUGAAAAUAAAAAACUGGCAGAUAUAGCUGAAGGCCAACAGACACCAGAAGUGUCAUCACAAAAUGAUACAGUUAAUUCUUCUACAACAGAAGCUUCUCCUACUGGUCCAAGCAAAUUAACAAAUUUUGAUCAUUUAUCGGUGGUGUCUGAGGAAACACUUAGUAAUAGUGAAGUGGCUUUAACGCAUCCUGCUGAAAACCUUUUAGGUUAUACUCCCGAUAUAAGUGGCUCGCAAACCACCCUUCCUAGUUUAGUGGGACCGUUAACACCUCUUACUCCUAUAGAGCUAGUAGCAAAUGAAUUGAAUGAUUUGCAGGCUGUAGUACCACCUUUAUCAUAUUUCGAAAAUGUUUUGCAGCAACACAUGGACUCAAAUUUUGGUAGCACUCCUGAAAGCUCGUCUACAACCAAUUCGGGCAAAACUAUUGUUAGGCAUACUAAUGGUUGGGACUAUAAUCUGGAAUCACCUUUUGCUCAAAGGCGAUAUCAAGUCAACUCUAUAUCGCCCAUUAUGACAAAACGUUCACCAGCACAAACUUUAACUACAUUUGUACCUACUACCACAGUGACACCACCUCCUCCAAUAGACAUUGCAACCACGAAUGGGAAACCUGCAUUGCCGAAAAAACCUACCGAUCUUAGUGUUACUAGUCCCGUUAUCGAAACAGUGCCCAUAACAAUAUUGCCGCCUAAUGGUUGUGCAAGUGCAGCAGCAAUAAAUAAUGGCGAAAACAAUGGCAAUACAACACCUAAGCACUUUUUUGCGCCCAUUAAACCCAAACUGAAGUUAAAUACAGCCUUGGCAAAUCAAAAACGUUUACCACCACCCCCACCACCAGUAACCGAAACAGUAUCUCAAGCGCAAUCAUUGUUGCCACAACAUAAAUGUGAACCUCCCGAUAUUUAUGUGACCAAUGCCCUGGCAUCACCUUAUAGGCCACCCAACAAGCCAACCGUGCAACCACCACCAAUACCACAGCGCAUAACCAGUACAUCAACAAUCCAAGCACAAGUAAGUUCCACUCAACAUCAAAGAAAUAGGCAACAACUGCAUCAUCGUAGACAACAUCAAAUGCGUCAUUAUCAGCAACAUAAUAAUGUUGUUGUAACUAAUAACGAUGAUGUAUAUGUAACGCCAACUAUAUAUGCCACUACUAUCACCUCUACAACUUCUAAUGCUAAAGUUACAAUUGCCACUACUACAACAAUAACAACAGCAACAUUAAACUGUACUAACACUUUAUGCACCAGCAUGAAAACUAAUUUAAAAACUUUAUGUCCACUACUAACAACAAUGACAACAACAACUGUUUUAACUUCUAAUUCUUUAUGUAAUUCUUUAAAUCCAUUACUAACAAUACCAACAACAAUAUCAUCACCAUUACUAACAGCAGCAGCAGAAACAUUACGAACAACAUCGAGUUUAGUAUAUUUAACAUCAACAACAUGUCCACCAGCAGCUUGUUUUAAAUUUAUAAAUUCCAAUAUUAACUUUCGUAAACCUAAUGAUCCUGUUUAUGCAAUCGCACAAAAUGUUUGCCAUAAUUUAAUCACCGCUUCUGCUGUUACACAACCCCUGAUGUCAUCGAUUGUUAAGUGUUGUAUAGCGAAACAACAACAGUUGCAAUUGCAACAACAUCAACCGAUACCAACAGCUGCAUCAUCAGCAGCACAAAGUUUUCGUAUUUCUACUACUAUAACAUCUGCAAUUGCUGCUGGUGGUGGCGGUUGUAUUGAUAUUAUGCCACGACUACCACCAGCACAAACAACUGUGUCACCAACGUCAACAACAUCAACGUCAUCACCAUCAUCAUUGUCAUCGAUGGCAAAAUUAUCAAGUGUUUCAUGUAAUUUAACCAUAAAUUCUUCCUUUAAAAAACCAAUAACAACAUCAUUGAGAACGUCAACCACAUCAACAAAUUGUAUUGUUGUCGAUUCGAUGUGUCAGACUGACUCAGCCAAUUUAGAGUCAAUUUUGAACGACAUUGAGGCAAUUUCAGAAGAUAUCUUAGCUAUACAACUAAUAAAAAACAAAUCCCGUGAUAAUCUAAACAAUAAAUCUACAGAUUCAAUUAACACAACUGAGCAACAGCCACUGCAGCAGAACAAUAAAAAUAAUAAACCAUACAGAUCUGAAAUGAAUUUAUUGCUAACCUAUGAAGGUGAUAAUCCUACAAUAAAGCCAGCGGAAACUAAAGAUAAUAGUGAAACAAGUCCGGAAUCGAAUACAAAUACAGCUAGAAGAACAAGAUCUCUGGAAAGAGAUCAUACAGACAGUCCAUCGCCACAUAUACCGGAUCCAAUGCAACCUUUUCCGGAAAAUCGUAAAUACAUAGGAUUUGAUCGCAUUAAUAAGGCUGCAAUUAUAGCAACCACUACAGGACCCAUGGUGGCUGCUACAGCAACACAAACUUCCCCCAUAACGAAUUCACCAUUAAGUCAAAGAGCUCAGUUGCCUUUGUCACCACUGGUUACGAAUGUAAAUACACCAAAACCCAUAAAUGGUAAACAAUUACCACCCACACCACCAAACCGAUCAUAUCCAACACCAUUGAAUAUUAAGUGUGCUGGUAUAGCGAGAAGUAGCUCUGUAACUGGUUGCCUGCCAACAACUGAAUCUAGUACAAAUUCUCCAGUGCUAGCUGGUGUAUCGCCUAAUAAAAGUCAAUUAUAUGCUGCUUUGGCUAAUGCAGCUGCCAAAAGAGCACAAUUUCGAUCUCAGCCAACACAUAUAACAAGAUCACUAGAUAUGGAUGGUAAUAUGACGGAAAAUAUUAAUGAGGAUGAUGUAAAUGAUGUAAAAGAUGAGAAAGAGAGUAUGGAAAAUGCCAAAAGAAAAGCUCGACGAGUAUCCAUAGUUUGUGCCGACACUGAUAGCCCAGGAACACCAGAAAAACCUUCGCCAGCUUUGCGUACUCAAAUGCCUACGUUUCAAGUUCAACCCACAACUAGUGGUAGUUGUAUGGACUUACAUGCUGUCAUGACAAAUCCGGCAUUACGCAACAUCAAACAGACUAGCCAGAGUACACCAAACACUCCACAUUCCACCCGCAAACUUGAAGGUUCACCACUGGCCAUAACACAAACACCGCCCACUAUCGCAAUCACGCCCAAUUCAACACCAGAACAUCAACGCAACAGCUCCAAUACGAGUGGUAUAUCACAGCUACUAGCUCACAAUCAUGGCCAUAGUAAUAGUUAUCCAAACGUUGUGUCACCAUUGACAAAACAACAUCAACAACCGCGUAAAAAUAGUCAAGAUGCAAUAAAAGCCAGCGCAGCGGAAAUUGCUUGUGCUGCUGCCAAUGCCAUGCGUUCGAAAUGUUCACGUCGUCACUCCGAUGGCACUGUAUCACAUGGUAAUCAACGUAUUAGUGGUGUAAGUGGAGGUACCAAUGGGACUCAUCAUCACCAUCAGCACAAUCACCAUCAUCAUCAACACAGCUCUUCUCUGGUGAGCAACACAAAUCCUCAUCACAGUCAUCAUUCCCGUCGGGAUAGCAAUCACGAGACUGUAGCUUCAUUUUCCGAUCGUAAUUCAAAUAGUUUAGCAUCAUCACGAGAGUCAUCGGCCAGUUUUAGUUUGCGCUCGCAAAGGCGUAAAUUAUCUGUAAGUUCUCACACUGGUGGCAAGAUACCUUGGUGUGGCUGUUGGGGCAAUGGUUGUUUGUGAAUAUUUGCAAUUAUUUGUUUAGUACUUUAAAAUUAUUUGUUUUUUUUUUUUUAUUUAUUUAAAUAUUUGUUUGUUAGUAACAUGCAUUCAAUAAAAUUUAAGUGCAGAUAUUUCUUUAACUACAUACAUACAUAUGUGUGUAUGUAUGAGUAUGUAUAGUUUAUUUAUCUAAAAUAAAAUUCGUUAGAAGUAAAAUAAAGCAACAAAAAUAACUAUAUAGUAAAUGUAAAUAAAUUGAUAAGAUUUUUAAAAUAGUUAGUAAAUAUUUACUUUUAUUUAGGUUAACAUAUCGAAUAAAUUUAAAUAAUUGGUUUAAUUUAAAUAACAAAAUUGCAAAGUAUACGAGUUUAUUAGAAAAAUAACAUUAUUUAAUUUAAACUAAACUGAAUAUAUAAACAUUUUUGUUGUUACAUAUAGCAAAAGAUAUAAAAAUUAUAUAGAAUAAAUAAUACAGAUUCCAUUUUUUAUGAUUUGUUUGUUUUUGGAAAAUAUUUAUAUUGUAAUUGUUUUAUCAGAUUAUUUAUUUCAAUUAACUACAACUUGAAUUGUUUUAUUAAUAAAAGCAUAAUAUGUAAAUUGCAAUUUUUUGUUAAAAAAAAAAAUAACAUAAAAUAAAACUAAAAAAUUUGCUCUUU